GCAGAUGGAGCGUGCAAAGAGGAUGGACUCAGCAGGAGAAGAAGCGUCCCUGAAUUCACCUGAGCUGCCCUGGAACCAGCUCUAUUUGAAGAGAAGGACUGAGUCCAGGAUCCAGUUAAGGAGGAGAGUGUGCUUCACUGGCCCUGCUGCUGCUGCUGUUACCGGGGUAUUGGCAAUCCUCAUACUGGCUGCUGGCAGGGUCAGCGGCAGUGAUUUAGUGCAUGUCCCGAGCUCAGUGAAGUGUACUGCGGGGCAGGACUGUAUCCUGAGCUGCACCUUCAACUACACAGCUGGAGGCUGGAAUGAGAAGUCAGGUGUGAUCUGGAGAAGAGCAGAAUCGGAACACAUAGUUCACAGGAUCCGCAACAACACAGAUCAGCUUGCCGAUCAGUCCCCUCAGUAUGUGAGCAGGACCAGCCUGUUUGAUUCUGAGCUGCAGCGCGGGAACGCUUCACUGCUGCUGAGGAGAGUCAGGGAGGGAGAUGCUGGAAAAUACAAGUGCUCUGUUAACGCUCCCAGACUGUACGGGUCGAGCCUGACUGAGGUAGUCGUGGUUCCGGCUCAACGACACCACUGGUGGGGUUUAGGAGCUCUUCUUCUUCCAGUUCUUCUUGUUCUUUGUGUGAUUUCGUGUCUCUGUGUCGGUCUGUGGCUCUAUAAAAAACACACAGGUCACAGGUGGCAGUCCAACUUGGCUUCUAGUCCAGCACAGACAGUGUCGUUAUCAGACGUGAUCGAGGAGCCCAGUGAAGUCAGACCGCUCCCCUGCACUGCUCAAUAUACCCAGUUUAAUACAAGCUCCCAAAACGAGAUAGUCACUUUGAAUUAAAAAAUGUGACCAGUGUUGAAGAGAAACUUUAAAAAUCACAUUGUCUCCGAGACAAUUGCCCUAUAAACUGUACUCUCGUUGUCUUUGCACGAUAUCAGAACAAUCCAGCAAAGAGAGACAGUAGUUUAUUCAACAUGACAUUAACCUCUUCAGCUCCAGGAUGUACAUCAAAG